UCUUGGUUGGAAAUUUUCGCUUGUAAUCGGUCGUGGCGUACAUAACCUUCAAAUCAUAAAUAGUAAAUUUUGUUCUGAAAGCUAAGUUUCUAAGUGUUUAUUUCAUUUUAAUUAUAAAAAAAAGCUUUAAAAUGCCGGAUCAUUUAGGAGAUGAUAUGAGGAAAGUCAAAUCUGAGGAAGAUAAGGAAGAAAAAGAUAUAAAACCUCUUGACGAAGGAGAUAUCGCUCUAUUAAAAACAUACGGUCAAGGACAAUAUACGAAGAGCAUAAAGAAUGUUGAGGAGGAUAUUCAAACGGUGAUAAAGAGGGUGAAUGAAUUGACUGGAAUUAAAGAAUCCGACACUGGUCUCGCACCUCCAGCUCUAUGGGAUCUUGCUGCUGAUAAACAAACUUUACAAAAUGAGCAACCAUUGCAAGUGGCUCGUUGCACAAAAAUUAUCAAUGCGGACACUGAUGAUCCUAAAUAUAUUAUUAAUGUAAAGCAAUUCGCAAAGUUUGUGGUCGACUUGGCGGAUUCUGUUGCGCCGACAGAUAUUGAAGAGGGUAUGAGAGUGGGUGUAGAUCGUAAUAAAUAUCAAAUUCACAUACCUCUGCCACCGAAAAUCGAUCCAACUGUAACGAUGAUGCAAGUGGAGGAGAAACCCGAUGUUACUUACAGCGAUGUUGGUGGAUGCAAGGAACAAAUAGAAAAAUUGCGAGAAGUCGUCGAAACACCUUUACUUCAUCCGGAAAAGUUCGUAAACCUAGGAAUUGAACCACCUAAAGGAGUUCUUCUUUUCGGACCUCCGGGAACGGGAAAAACACUUUGUGCCCGCGCUGUGGCAAACCGAACUGACGCAUGUUUUAUACGAGUCAUUGGUUCCGAAUUAGUACAAAAAUAUGUUGGCGAGGGAGCUAGAAUGGUUCGAGAACUUUUCGAAAUGGCUCGCAGUAAAAAAGCAUGUCUUAUUUUCUUUGACGAAAUCGACGCUAUUGGUGGUGCACGGUUUGAUGACGGCGCUGGUGGAGAUAAUGAAGUCCAACGAACCAUGUUGGAGCUUAUCAAUCAACUUGACGGAUUCGAUCCAAGAGGUAACAUUAAAGUAUUGAUGGCAACGAAUAGACCAGACACGUUAGAUCCUGCUUUAAUGCGUCCCGGACGUUUAGACAGAAAAGUGGAAUUCGGGCUUCCUGACCUCGAGGGACGGACACACAUUUUCAAAAUUCACGCUCGUUCAAUGAGUGUUGAGAGAGACAUAAGGUUUGAACUUCUAGCUCGUUUGUGCCCCAACAGUACAGGAGCGGAAAUCCGUUCAGUGUGCACUGAAGCUGGCAUGUUUGCAAUCCGAGCUCGUCGUAAAGUUGCUACGGAAAAAGACUUCCUCGAAGCCGUCAACAAAGUUAUUAAGUCCUACGCUAAAUUCUCCGCUACUCCCAAGUACAUGACUUAUAAUUAAACUCUCAUAAAAAAGCAAGCUAUUUGUACUGGCUAAAAUUUGCCCUAAGAAUAAGUUUUACAUUAACUCAAUUCGUUAAUAAUUAAUAAAAAUUCGUAUAAAAAUAGAA